GUAGCGGUUUUCUCCCACCAUGCGCGAAGCAAGGACAAGGAACCCUGGGAAGUGGCAAAGGAAAAGGAGUAAGGAAUAGCAAUGGUGGUGGCGGUGGUUGUUUUGUUGCGUUGAGUCAGUGAGUCCAAACAUUAUUAAAUCAUAUUAAAAUUCGAAGAUGGGAAAGCGAAAAAAUCAAGCAUUAAUUGACAGUGAUUCUAGCAACGAUUCAACUAGUGAUUUAGACUCCGAAUUUUUAAAUUUGGCCAAGAAAAAAAAUAGAAAAAAGAAGUCGCCAAAAUCCAAUUCUGAUUCUGACUCGGACAGCGAUAGAAAUAAUAAAAAACAAAAAAGAGAUUCAUCUGACUCAGAAGUGGAAAAGAAAGAUGACGGCAAGAAUUCUGAACCAGAAGAAGGAGAGGUGUCUGAUUCAUCAAUAUCAGACGAAGAAUAUAAUGAUGGUUACGAUGAUCAGCUCAUGGGAGAUGAAGAAGAUAGAGCUCGGCUAGCAAGUUUGACAGAAAAGGAAAGAGAAACAGAAAUUUUUAAGAGGAUUGAACAAAGAGAAUUAAUGAAAACAAGGUUUGAAAUUGAAAAAAAACUGAGACAGGCAAAGAAAGCUGAAAGAGCAAAAGAAAAACCACACAAACAUAAGGAUAAAGAGAAAGAUAAAGAUCAUAGUAAACUUCAGACUGACUUUAGUUCAAUAGAUCAUAAGGAACGCAGCAAAGAACGAAAGAAAAAUAUUGAAGAGAAUCGUGGACGGGUUGAUAAACGAGUUAAUGCAAUGGCAGAACUGAAGGCCAGGAGAGAGGAUAAACUAAAAAGGGAAGAAGCAGAGGAGAAACGGAAAGAAGAACAAAGAAAAAAAGAGGAGGAAGACGCUGUUCAUUCCUCAAACAAAAACGCUGUAAAAUUGAAAGCUUCAGAUAUUUAUUCAGAUGAUAGUGAAAGUGAAGGAGGUAAAAGUUCGCCUCAAGCACCAAGACAGUCUGCGGGAUCUACAAGAUCUCGUUCUUCUUCAAGUUCUAGUUCAAGUGAUAAUGAACAAGAAGAAGAAGAUAAACCUGCUUAUAUACCUACAAGAGUUGAUCUAAAUAAUAUUCGUUUAUCAAGACAUAAACUUGAAAGAUUUGUACAUAUGCCAUUUUUUGAUCGUAUUGUUAAGGGAUGUUACGUUAAAAUUGGUAUAGGUCAACAUAAUAACAUGCCGGUAUAUAGAGUGGCAGAAGUGAUAAAUGUUUACGAAACAGCCAAAAUCUACAAUUUGGGCAACACAAGAACAAAUAAGGGUUUACGAGUGCGUCAUGGCAAUCAGGAACGAGUUUUCCGACUGGAAUUUGUUUCUAAUCAAGAAUUUACAGACAUUGAAUAUUCUAAAUGGAUAGAAGCUAGUACCGCAGCCGGUAAUGCUUUACCAGCGAAAGAACAUGUAGAACAAAAACAGGCAGACAUUAAAGAAGCUAUAAAUUACGAAUUCAAUGAACAAGAUAUUGAACGAAUUAUUCGAGAAAAGGAAAGGUUUAAGUCUAAUCCUCAUAAUUACGCAAUGCGAAAAACCCAGUUGAUGAAAGAAAGAGAUUCAGCGAUGGCACGAGGAGACGAAGAAGUUGCUAGAGAUCUGUCGCAAAAAAUUUCCGAUUUGGAAGAGAGAGCAUCAGAAUUAGAUAAGAUGAGGACGUCAACGAUUUCAAGCAUUUCUUAUAUAAAUGACAGAAAUCGAAAAAAGAACGUAGAAGAGGCAGAAAAGGCCAUUAUGGCUGAAGUUAAAGCUAAUAAAGGCAAAAAGAUUGACGAUCCUUUCACCAGGAGAUCAACAAAGCCAAGAAUGAAUUUUAAAGCAGCGCCUGAAGAGAAGGUGGAAACAGUUGCCGAAAAGAAGCCUGAAAAAAUGCCUGUAGAAGUAGAGAACCCAAAAGUUGCAGCACAACCAGCUCAAGUUACUCAGGAUGAUUUAUUUUCUGCUCACGACUUUGAUAUUAAAAUCGAUUUGGACGUUCCUUUGCCGGUGGCAAGCGUUAACGUCACACCUAAAACUGUAACAAAGGAUCUAGCUCCCAGAAGAAGUUUAAAUUUGCAAGAUUACAAGAAGAAAAGAGGACUCAUAUAGUAUUUAUUAAUUUAUUUUCUUUAUUAUGUGUAACAACAUGAAGUAUAGAUUUUCAAUAUUAUACUUAAUUAAUUUUUAUUAAAAUAGAUAAUUUAUAAGUAAGUA